AUUCACCAUCCCUGCAGGCAGUCGUGUGUCUCACCGCUCCCAGUCCUUGCCUCACCUCACGACUAAUUCCGAGAGUUUAAAAUCACCACUCCUCCACUGCCGUCAGCCAUGUUGAGGAUACUUCUCAACACACUCCUCCUCACAACAACUGGCUACGCCGCCAUCAACUCUCAGUAUUUCUUGAAGUUCUCCUCUCAAAAGAUGGUGGGUGGACUUCUCGCCUCCUUGACCUCCAAUCGACUAAUUGAGUGUGCGUCGAGGUGCCUGGCGAACACGAGCUGCCAGGCGUACCAUUGGCGAAGGACAGUAACCAGCAACAACUGUGAUCUCCUGAAGUACAUUGAUGACGUGACUCUCUCAUCUGAUACCAACUGUGAUCUGUACCUGUCCCGGGGUGGAAUCCCACACCGACGGUACCUCACAGGCUACUGGGGAGGGUACACUGGGAACUUGAUGUGUGAAGAAGGAUCGCUUGUUUACGGCUACACAUUGUGGUACGACAGCUACACCGGUACUGCCACCGGUACUGACGACUGUGGAGUGACAGGUGUGGAGCUGCUGUGUCGGACACCUGAAGGAAAUAUUACUUCACCUAUCACCUUCGACAUGAACUACACAGAUGGCGUAAAGCGAAAGACAGCUACCUGCACCGCUGGUAACUUCGUAAACAAAUUCAGUAGCCAUAUGGGACCAAUUAGAGGUGCAGAUGACGAUGAUGGCCUCAACAACUUGCACCUGAUGUGUACUGACUCUUUCAAGCUGAUGAGCCAUGAUGUAGGUCAGGUAGGCACCUGGGCAGGUUGGAGGAGUUGUCUGCCGGGAACAUUUAUAUGUGGCAUGAAACUAAGAUAUGAAGCUCUUGGCGCCUCAAGUGAUAACAGCUGUAUCAACGAGUUCAUCGCCCUCUGCUGCUUCCCUUAGUGUGGUCGCCCUUUACUGCCCCUUGACCCUGUCUUAUGCCCUUAGAGACAUGGAUGGAGGGAGGGGGGUCACCUUUGCCCUGCCCUAUAUUAUACAGAAGGGAGUAAAGUGGUUACCCCAUUGUUAUACCACAGUAGCACCACAGUGCAUUGGAACACUUGUUUCACUUUAGAAUUAGACAUCCUAACCCUGACGUAGUCUAGCCAAUCCAAACCUAAUUUAACCUAUGCUAACCUGACCAAACUAAACAUAACUUCUCCUAACCACAUGCAUACUAACAGUAACCUAACGAACCAAACCAAACCUCACCUAUCGUUACGUAACCUAACCUAACCUAACCUAACUUAACCUAAC